AUGGGCGGGUGGCGGGAUAUGUCCGCGGAGGCGCUGGAGGACCAUUACUCUCCCAGUCGCUGGUCCCCCCGCCUGGACCGGGACACCAUCAUCGACGCCCACCUGGCGGUGACGGCGGCAGGAACCGAGCGGGCCCGGGCCAGCGGGCAGACCCUGCUGCACGUGCCCUACGGCGACGGGGACGGGGAGAAGCUGGACAUCUACUUUCCCACGGAGCCUUCUGAAACCUUCCCGGCGCUGGUCUACAUCCACGGCGGGUACUGGCAGUGCAUGAGUAAGGACGACUCGGGGUUUGCAGCCCCCCCGCUGGUGUCGCAGGGGGUGGCGGUGGUGGCGGUGGGGUACGACAUAGCGCCUAAGGGCCACAUGGACACCAUGGUGCUGCAGGUGCGCCGCAGCCUCGCCUUCCUGGUGGAGCAAUACCCCAGGAUCAGAGGCAUUUACCUGUGCGGACACUCGGCAGGGGCCCACCUGGCAGCCAUGGUGCUGUCCACAGACUGGACGGAAUUCCAAGUGGUGCCAGAUAUCAAAGGAGCGGUGCUGGUGAGCGGCCUCUAUGACCUGGAGCCCAUCCUGCACACCUACGUGAAUGAUGCUCUGAACAUGAGCCGGGAGGUGGCCCAGAGGAACAGCCCCAUGAGACUGGUCACCCCAGCAGCGCCAGCAGCCUGUGAGGUGCUCGUGGCUGUGGCCCAGCAUGACUCCCCAGAGUUUCGCAGGCAGUCCCAGGAGUACAGCCAGGCCCUGCGUGCAGCAGGCUGGUCUGUCUCUGUGCUGGACCUGGCUGGUGUGGAUCACUUUGAUGUCAUUGAGAGGCUGUCAGAGGACAGCUAUGUCCUCACUCAGGUGAUUCUGAACAUGAUCUCAAGAGCAUGAUGACACCUCAGGAGUAAAGAGAUGGGGACCGCGGCCCUGCCUGCCACCUCCUCAGUAUAACACAGGGUCACCUCUGUCUCAGACCCACACUGUGCCCUCUCUGCUCAGCCCAGCCCAGGCUGGUGCCCCUUCCCUGCCGUGCUCCUGCCCACUGGAGCAGAGGGGACUGAGGGCUGCAAGGCUCUGACUGGCUAGCUGGACCAUGAACUUUGUUCCCUCAGUGUUCUUUAAACUGCACAUUGGCAAUACAGAAUAAAAUGGGAGUUACUGCU